AUGAGAAUAACCUUCUCCUUCUCCUUCUCCUCUGUGUUUUAUGCCCAAGGUGGCUUCAAGGGAAGACUUAUAGACAACAUCUCCGUCGACCGUAAUGACGAGGGUAUUACGUAUUCGGAAGCCCGGGCCAAGUGCCAACUCUCCCAAGUUGUCCAAGACCAAGUCGCUAAUGACUUCACCAAAUUUCUACCUCUUGAAGUUGAUGAUGUUGGUAAUUCACUCAUGGCUGUCCAAGCCAGCUUCUUUAAUUGUGGUGGAAUGGCGGUUGGGAUUUCCACUACCCACAUAAUUGCUGAUUCCUUGUCUAUUGCUAUGUUCGUCAACAGUUGGGCUGCCAUUGCCCUGAACCUAUGUACAAAAAAGGACCCUCCAUUGCCAGAGUGUUCUUUUGGGAAUAUUAUCUACCGAAUUGCCAUAGCAACCCCAUUUAUGGACAAUGGAAAUGAGUGUCGUGGCCUUGUCAGGCACAUGAAAGCCACAAUGAAGGACAGAGAUGGGGAUUAUGUCACAAAACUCCAAGAAGUCGAUGAACAGUUCAACCUCCUCAUAGAGAGAGCUCCAAGAAUCACAAAAGGAGAGGUGGUUGUGUUUAAUUUCUCUAGUUUGUGCAGAAUUCCACUAUGUGAAGUUGAUUUUGGAGUUCCUUGCAUAUACCUGCCCAAGACAGCAAUAGCAACACCAUAUAUGGACAAUGGAAAUGAGUGCCGUGACCUUGUGAGGCACAUUAAAGCCACAAUGAAGGACAUAGAUGGGGAUUAUGUCAUAAAACUUCAAGAAGCCGAUGAACAGUUCAACCUCCUAAUAUAG